CCACACAUGUGGAGCUGCAUUCAAUUCGAAGGCGACUCUUAAAAAUGCAAACUUUACGUGAAUUUACGCGUAAAACGAAGCGCGGCAACAUCCUGAAGAUCGUGCGGGAGCACUAUCUGCGCGACGACAUCGGCUGUGGGUCCGAUCUCUGCAAGCAGUGCUUCCAGAACGAGGUAUUCCAACUGGACUCGCGCCACGAGAUUCGGAGCAGCCUGUUCAAGUUACCGCACUACCUGGUUUUGGACACCAAUGUGGUGCUCGACCAGAUCGACGUGCUGGAGGAGGAUGUGCUGCGCAACGUGGUCGUCCUGACCACCGUGCUAAACGAGGUCAAGCACAAGAGCUCCUCCAUUUACAAGCGGUUCAAUGAGCUGGUCCACGAUCGCACCAGGAACUUCUAUGUGUUUGUCAACGAGCAUCACAAGGACACCUAUGCCGAUCGCGAACCCGAUGAGACCGCCAACGAUCGCAAUGAUCGCGCCAUCCGCCUGGCCACCAAGUGGUAUGAUGAUCAUCUCCAGGCCUCGCAAUCCCCGAAAGAGUUGGAGAGGAGUGGCAAGACGGCCACCCGGGUUGUUCUGCUCACCGAUGAUGCGGGGAAUCGUGAAAAGGCCGAGGCCGAGGGCAUUCUGGUCUCCUCCGCCGCGGAGUAUGUGAAAUCUCUCGAGGAUUUCCCCCUUCUGGUGGACAAACUGUCGCACAAGACGUUCGAGAACGAGAAGAAGGGUCUGCCGCAGUAUCCGCCGCAUCUGAGCAUGAAGGAGCUGCUCGAGGGACUGCGCCAGAAGAAGCUUCUCCAGGGCGCCUUUCAGGCCUCCAGGGAGAACUACCUGGAGGGCAGCGUCAACGUGGAGCAGUACGAAAAGGGGAUCCUAAUCCAAGGAAGGGAAGCCCUGAAUCGAGCUGUCGAUGGCGACUUGGUGGCCGUGGAGCUGCUGCCCGAGGAGGAGUGGUCGGCGCCCAGUGAAAUCGUGCUGGAGGAGAAGAAUGUCUAUGCCGACGAAGUGCCCAGCGAGGAGCGGGCCGAGGAUGAGAAGGACAUGCUGCAGCAGGUUAAGGCCGCCGCCUCCUCCGCCGAACGCACGCCCACCGGCCGAAUCGUCGGCAUCGUGCGUCGCAAGUGGCGACAGUACUGCGGCAUCCUGCAGCCCAGCUUGAUAGCGGACACCAAUCGGCACAUCUUCGUGCCCGCCGACCGGAAGAUCCCGCGCAUUCGCAUCGAAACCAGGCAGGCGGCCAAGCUGCAGAACCAGCGCAUCAUCGUGACCAUCGACACUUGGCCAAGGAACUCGCGCUAUCCGCAUGGACACUUUGUGCGCUCCCUGGGACCGCUGGGCGACAUGGCCACCGAGAACGAGGUGAUUCUGCUGGAGCACGACGUGCCGCAUUGCAAGUUCUCGGACGAAGUGCUCAGCUUCCUGCCGCAAAUGCCGUGGAAAAUAACCGAGGAGGAUUACGCCAAGCGUGUGGAUUUGAGGGACCUUUACAUCUGCUCGGUGGAUCCACCUGGCUGCACGGAUAUCGAUGAUGCUUUGCACUGCAGGGAGCUGCCCAAUGGCAAUCUGGAGGUGGGCGUCCACAUCGCCGAUGUGAGUCACUUUAUCCGGCCAGGAAAUGCCCUGGACAAGGAGGCGGGCGCCAGGGGAACCACUGUUUACCUGGUGGGCAAACGCAUUGACAUGGUUCCCGAGUUGCUCAGCUCGAAUCUGUGCUCGCUGGUUGGCGGCGUCGAGCGAUUCGCCUUCUCGUGUGUCUGGGAGGUGGACCAGGAGGCGAAUAUUCUGGCCAAACGCUUCCACAAGAGCGUCAUCAAGUCUAAGAGAGCCAUGACCUACGAGGAGGCGCAGGUUAUCAUCGACGACUCCACGCAGCAGAAUGAACUGGCAAAGUCCUUGAGAAAUCUCAACCGACUGGCCAAGAUACUGAAAAAGCGACGCAUGGAUAGUGGCGCCCUGGUCCUCGCCUCGCCGGAGAUUCGCUUCCAGGUGGACAGCGAGACCCACGAACCGCUCGAGGUGGAGGUCAAGCAGAUGCGCGAGACCAACUCCAUGGUGGAGGAGUUCAUGUUGUUGGCCAAUAUCACGGUGGCUGAGCAUAUUGCAAAUGAAUUCACCGAGUGCGCAGUUUUGCGCCGCCAUCCCCGACCGCCGCCCACCAACUUCGAUCCGCUCGUCAAGGCCGCCCGCUACCAGGGCUUCCAGGUGGACACCGAGACGGGCCUGGAGCUGGCCCAUUCGCUGGACAAGUGCGUUAAGGCCGACAAUCCGUACUUCAACACCAUGAUCCGCAUUUUGACCACCCGCUGCAUGAUGCAGGCGGUGUACUUCAUCAGCGGCAGCCUGCAGAAGGAGGAGUACUUCCACUACGGCCUCGCUGCUCCCAUCUACACGCAUUUCACCUCGCCCAUCCGUCGUUACUCGGAUAUUAUGGUUCACCGCCUGCUGGCCGCCUCGAUUGGCGCCGAUAGCACCUAUGCUCAGUUAUUGGAGCGCAAAUCCAACGAGGAGCUGUGCCACAACCUGAACUACCGCCACAAAAUGGCUCAGUACGCGGGUCGCGCAUCGGUGGCCCUCAACACGCAUCUCUUCUUCCGCGGCAAGGAGGAGGAUGAGGAGGGUUAUGUGCUAUUUGUGCGCAAGAACGCGCUGCAAGUGCUGAUCCCCAAGUACGGCUUGGAAGGCACUUUGUAUCUAAAGUCGGACAAGGAGGGCAAGGAUGGUCUGGAGCGCACCAAGAGCGAGAUUGUCUUCACCUUCAACGAGGAGGAUUACACACAGCGCUGUGGCAACGUGGUCUUCCACUCCUUCGACCCUGUUACCGUUCGACUGAGCCUGGAUUCCAGCAACGUGCAGCACGAGAAGCUCGUUUUCCGACUGGUCAAGCCGUACAUCAAGGGUUUCAGUGUGGAGACGACCACCGAUGGAGCGGAUAGCCAGGCGGUAGCCACGCCCCCUCCCUCGAAGAAGACCAAGAAGGAUAAAAAAAAGAAGUAAUCCUUCAGAUUUACCACUAAUUUUAUCUAGACUAAGCUGAGAAAACAUGUAACUACAAUCAUUUUGUACAAAUGAAAUAUUUUUUAAAAUUCCA